AUGGGCAGCAUCCCUACCGCUCCCGCCACCAAAGGCAAUGCCGACAGCUUCCUCUCAUUCAUCAAGGAGCGCCGGUCCGUAUAUCCCCUCAACAAGAAGCUCCCGAUCGACACAGCACGGGUGCAGGACAUCAUCACGGAGUCACUGCAGCACGUCCCCAGCAGCUUCAACUCACAGUCGAAUCGGACGGUAGUGCUGUUCGGUGCCGAGCACGACAAGUUCUGGGAUAUUGCGACUGAGAUCCUACGGGCCAUCGUACCGGCCGAUGCGUGGGAGCCCACCGGCAAGAAGAUGGCCAUGUUCAAGGCUGGCGCCGGCACCGCGCUGUUCUUCGAGGACCAGACCGCUGUCGAGGGUCUGCAGGCCCGUUUCCCACAAUACGCCGACCGUUUCCCUCCCUGGGCCGGCCACUCCAGCGCCAUGCUACAGUUUGUCAUCUGGACCGCUCUCGAGGCAGAGGGCCUCGGUGCCAACUUGCAACAUUAUAACCCGCUUGUUGAUGCCCGGGUUGUCGAGGAGUGGGGGGUCCCUGCUACCUGGAAGCUGACUGCCCAGCUUGUGUUUGGCGGGCGUGGUACCGAGGAGCUGGCUGAGAAGACCUUCCAACCACUGGAGGAGAAGCUCAAGGUUUUUGGCGCCUGA